UAAAAACUACUCUCAAAUUUUCUCCUUUUUUUUCAAAUUUACAAUCCAUGUUAUUUCGUUCACUUUAAGCGGGUUCUGAUUUGACCCCAUACAACUAGCACAAUUAGUGGCUGACUAAACACUGUUUCUGCUCCACUGUAAGUAAGUCAUUGAAAGAAACAUGAUCAGUUACAUUCUGAGCCAAAUGAUCAACUGUCCAUCUUUAACAGAGGAGUCAACAUUUAGGUCAAACACGUUUGUAGCUCUUCCACAACAGUGAGUUGCUUUCAUGAAUGUCUGUCGGCCAUCCGCUGUUUUGUUGCAUUUCCAGGGUCAUGAACUAACCUUUAUCCUCCCACGUGAAGACAAGGAGGAGCGGGGAUUCUGCUGAUGGACCCUUGUACCCAAAGCCAACACAGUCAACUACCUGUGGGCUUUCACUGGCUUUCUUUUGCAUAUCAGGGCCUCACUGAGAUUCCAUAUGAUGCCAUUCUGGCCCAGGGAGAAGCCCUGCAGGUGCUGGACCUGAGUUACAAUCUUCUGGAUGAUCCUUACUGGAACCCGGCUCUGCUGGGGCGGCUGGAAAAGCUCAGCACUCUCAUUCUGGACUCCAAUAACUACACCUCUCACGUCAAGUUCCCAUACAUGCCAAGUGUCACCACCGUGUGCAUCAACAAGAACAAGAUCAACAACCUGCCUCUGUUUGUGGAGGAGAUCAGGAGAAAGUUUCCGAGCAUCAGGAUCCUCAGCAUGAUGAACAACGAGGCAGCACCCAGUUAUUUUAACGGAGGGAGCCUGACACAGCACAUCGACUACAGACAGUAUGUGAUCAGUCAGAUCCCAAGCCUGGAAAUCCUGGAUGACACAGAAGUUCUGGAGAAGGAGCGAGUCCAAGCCAGGAAGACAUACAGGCUGCAGCGAGGUGGCCUGAGCAGCAGGAGUAAGAAGGACAACUCGUCCAGGAAACAUAUCCAAAGAAAGCCAAACAGCAUCAUUAGACAAUAACAUCAUGUUAAAAUGUGUGUGUUAAGUUAUCUUUUGAAAAUGUAUUUAUAAAAUACCCAUUUUGGAUUGUGUAUCCACUUCAGUAGCAUUUAGAGACUGUGAGGAGAUAAAUACAAACUCUGUUCUGUCUCAUUGCCAUUAAAGAUCAAAUAAAUUUGUAAGGUUUGAAAGAUCUGGACAUUACUGACCAGUGCAUAAUCCUGACACAGCAGGGGUCGCCACAGCGAAUCAGUUUGCUCCGUCUAAGCCUGUCUUCAGCAUUAUCUCCUCUAACACCAGCCACCUUCAUGUCUUCAUUCACUGCAUCCAUUUUCACAGAGAAAAUGAAUCUAAAACAGUCCAAAAAUUAAACCAGUAAAUAGAGAAUCCUCUCCUUUCGAGGUUCUUUUUAAACGUCAGAGAACUGCAGCUCCUAACACAGAGAUCUUAUAACCGUCUGGAUCUUUUGGCUCUUUAGGUCGUUUUGUUGUUUUAUUCAACUUAUCAAUAACUAUAAACUUGUGCAGAAAAUGAAUGACUGAUGUAAAAAAAAUCUUUUUAUAUUUACAAGUGUAAAAUAUGCUAUUAUUAUGUUCAAUUGUGUUUAUUUUCCUCCCAGAUAAAAUGUACAAAAUACAUAAUAAAAAAAAAAAA